AUGGCAGAGCAACCUUUUCAGGUCAACGUGUCAGACGCAGAUAUCCAGCUUCUUCACAACAAACUGGAGCUUCAUCGUUUUCCUGACGAGCUAGAGGACGCAGGAUGGGAUUAUGGAGCACCGCUAUCAGACAUCAAACGUCUUGUCGCUAGGUGGAAAGACGGCUACGACUGGAAGAAGUUUGAGGCCAAGCUCAAUCAAUUCCCCAUGUUCACUCGCGACAUUGCGGUCGAGGGGCAUGACACGCUGAACAUCCACUAUAUCCAUCAAAAGUCGACCGUGGCGGGGGCUAUCCCUCUUCUAUUCGUUCACGGGUGGCCAGGCAGUAUCAUCGAGGCUCUCAAAAUUAUACCCAUUUUGACAGCGUCGCAACCCGACCAGCCAAGUUUUCAUUUGGUUGCUUUCAGUCUUCCGGGCUAUGGCUGGUCGGAAGCACCGCACAAGAAAGGGUUCGCCGGCGAAUGCUAUGCGGAGAUUGGCCACAAGUUGAUGCUUUCUCUUGGGUACGAGGAGUAUGUGACGCAAGGGGGAGACUGGGGCAGUUUGAUCACUCGCAUCAUGGCCAGCAAAUAUGGGCAUAAGCAUGUCAAAGCUUGGCACACGAACGUAGCGAUGAUCGCCUCCAAAACUCCUAUCAAGCCCUUACCAGUUCUUCGUCCACCUCCUUACGCCGUACUCCGAGGAGCUUUACAACGUACCCAGCACCUCGUGGCUACAGGACAAGGCUACUUCCACGAGCAGUCGACUCAGCCACAGACGAUCGGAUACUCUCUCGCCGACUCUCCUGUCGGCCUGCUGGCAUGGAUCUACGAGAAGCUGGUCGUCUGGACAGAUGCGUAUGAUUGGGAAGACGACGAAGUCUUGGAUUGGAUCUCGAUCUACUGGUUCUCCCGCGCCGGACCUGCUGCGUCUGUUCGCAUUUACUACGAGAUAGUCAAGACUGGAUUUCUGGGGUCGCUGCCACCAUAUAUAUCCAUCCCUACCGGCCUCUCAUACUUCCCGCAAGAGUUAAUACAGUCUCCCAAAAGCUGGGUCCGCGCUGGGAGCAAUGUCGUCUUCGAGUCCUCCCACAAGCGCGGGGGCCAUUUUGCUGCGUACGAACGACCGGAGGACUUGGCGGGAGACCUACGGAAGAUGUAUGCGAAGGGUGGCCCUGCUUAUAAGGCAGUACCUGCAAAGAGUGGUUAUGAGAACUAG